AUGUUCCUCGUCCUGCUCCUGGGGCUCUACGCGGCCACAGGUGAACUUCUCUCCCCAGUGAGCUCCUGCCCGUCGCAGUGCAGCUGUUUUUACCACAACUUGAGUGAUGGAUCAAAGGCCAGGAGCGUGAUUUGCAAUGAUCCCGAGAUAUCUCUUGUGCCUGUCGGCUUUCCUGUCGACACGUCCAAGCUGCGGAUUGAGAAGACGGCCAUCCAGCGGAUACCGAGCGAAGCCUUCAACUCCCUCUCCAGUCUGGAAUUCCUGUGGAUGUCUUUCAACACACUGUCCACCUUGAGCCCGGACAGUUUCCGGGGACUGCUCAACCUGGAGGAGCUUCGUCUGGACGGGAAUGCCCUCACCGCCUUUCCCUGGGAAUCUCUCAUGGAUAUGCCCAGCCUCAGACUUCUCGAUUUGCACAACAAUCAGCUCCCCUCGCUGCCAGCUGAGGCCACAAUUUACAUCAAAAACCUCACCUACUUGGAUCUGUCGAGCAACAGCUUGCUGACCCUGCCGACUGAGGUGCUGUUCACCUGGCUGGCGGUGAAACCUGUGGAAGGUCCAGAAAGCUCCAAGAUGAUACUUGGUCUCCAUGACAACCCCUGGGUGUGUGACUGUCGGCUCUACGACCUGGUCCAGUUCCAGAAGUCUCCGACUUUUUCAGUGGCAUUCAUUGACACGAGGCUGAGGUGUUCAGCACCGGAAAGUGUAUCAGGGGUCCUGUUCAGUGACGCCGAGCUGCGGCGCUGUCAGCUCCCACGUAUCCACACAGCUGUGGCACGCGUCCGGAGCGCUGUUGGGAACAACGUGCUGCUCCGCUGUGGCACCAUUGGAGUCCCUAUCCCAGACCUGUCAUGGCGCAAGGCAGAUGGGCGACUCCUUAAUGGAACAGUCCAGCAGGAAACCUCAAAGGAGGGAAUCACCUGGUCCAUCCUCCGUGUCCCAGCUGUGUCCUAUCGGGAUUCAGGGAAAUACAUCUGCAAGGCCACUAACUAUGCUGGGAGCGCUGAAGCUGUCAUUUCUCUCAUUGUCUCUAACUCACCAAAACCAGAGGGGAACCAAACCAGCAACGACAAGAAAGCCAAAGUCAAGAAACCCAACCCGGUGGGUAAAGCUGCCUACCAGGAGAAACUGGUGGCCAGAUAUGUGGUUCCAACCUCCAUCCCUUCAUCACUGCCUGCCCUGGAUCCAGGCCUUCCACCUGGUCUUGGUCCUGAUCCUGGACGAGCCAGUUACAGCCUAGCUGACAGAGCUACCCCAGGGCCUGCCACCUCCUCCAACCCAGAUGCGCUGUUGGAUCUGGAGAAGACUAAUCUAAGCAACCUGGCGGCCAACACUUCUUCGCUGCAGCAGGACCCGGACAGGGUGGUCCGCUCAGUGAAGGUGGUGGGGGACACAGACAAUAGAAUUUAUUUGAACUGGAGAGCCCCUAAGGCCAAGAACACAACAGCAUUUAGUGUGCUGUAUGCUGUGUUUGGAGAGAGGGACAUGAGGAAGAUCAAUGUUGGGGCAGGACAGAACCGUGUUACCAUCGAAGGGCUGGUGCCCAGGACCAAGUACAUUGCCUGUGUGUGCGUGAGGGGGCUGAUUCCCAAGAAAGAGCAGUGCGUCAUAUUUUCCACUGAUGAAGCAGCCAGUGCCACUGGGACCCAGAGGUUGAUUAAUGUGAUUGUGAUCACAGUGGCCUGUAUCAUUGCGGUCCCGCUCACUGUCAUCGUGUGCUGUGGGGCUCUGAAGAGACGCAUUCAGAAGUACUGGGGAAAGAAAUCCAAGGAUAUCCAAGAUUCAUACGUGACCUUUGAAACGCUGUCGCCUGGCACAAAGGCCAAAGGGCUCGAGGGGGAGUAUUUGAACCGACUGAACCCAGAGGAGUCCAACAGGCUGCUGUCAGCCCGCUCCAGCUUGGACUCUGAGGCAACAGCUAAGAUAGAGGGACAGCCUAACGAGUACUUCUGCUGA